AUGCAGCCCUCACCCCUCGCGAACCCAUUGGCAACCGUAGCCCAGCUCGAAACCUCCGGUUCCCAACUCGACGGCAUCCCAUCUGAUCUCGAAGACUCAAUCCGUUUCGCCGGCGCCCGCCUCACACAAGCCGCAGGCAUACUCCUCCGCCUCCCACAAGAAGUCGUCGCACAAGCUAUCGUAGUAUCCAUGCGCUUCUGGCUCGGCCCGGAAGGAGGAAGUCUCGCAGAAUUCGGCGCAGAACAAGUCUCAGCCGCAUCGCUAUACCUCACCACGAAGCUCUCUGCCUAUCCCAAGUCAGCGCGCAGUCUGGUUAACGUGUACGCGUAUCUUGAUUCGUUACCGGUUACCUAUUUCGACGGAGACCAUCUGGAGCAGUCGAAGGAUGCGGCGAGAUAUUAUGUGAGCGAGGGCACGUACGAGCGGCGCCGCGCAACGCUGUUCACGACCGAACAACGUAUUCUUCGUACUCUUGGGUUCAAUGUUGCCGUCCAGUUACCGUACACGCUAUGUAUAACAUAUAUGCAAGCACUCGACAUCUUCUCCCAUCCUCGCGCAUCCGAACUUGCGAAACGUGCGAUUGCGCAUUUGAAUACUGCGUUACUGAGUCCGCAGUGCCUGUACCUUACGCAUCAGCCACCGGCGCUGGCGACGGCAGCUAUCUAUCUGGCGGCGAGGGAGACGGGGAUCAAGAUGCCAGAGUGUGAGUGGUGGGAGGUGUUUGAUACAGAUAGAGAGGUUUUGGGGUUCUUGUGUGUGGGCAUGUUGAGUCUGGAAGGAUUUGCAAGGGAGGAACAGAAGAGGUGGGAGGGGAGGAAGUGUCCGAUGAGUGUUGAAGCAUUGGAGAGGGAGAUCGAGAGGAGGAAGGAGGAAGAGGUGGAUGAGGCUUGA